CCCCAGUGGACUGAAACCAGGUCUGAAACCAGCAACACCCAACACCAAGAAGCUGAAGAGCCUCCCCACAAUUGAACCAGAGAGGACCUGGAGGGAGUCAUUUCCACAGUUUAUCAGCGAAGAAGGGACUCGGCCACGGACUUACUGUCCAGCCCCCUUGUUUUUGGAAGGAAGGAAGGAAGGAAAGAAGGAAGAAGCCAGGGAAGAGAGAGAUCUCCCCACUGAGGAUGACACUUAACACCCAACAGGAAGCGAAGACCACCCUCCGCCGUCGAGCCAGCACUCCACUACCCCUGUCAUCCCGUGGCCACCAGCCUGGCCGCCUGUGCACAGCACCCCCUACUCAGUCCCAUCAUCCCCGGUUGGGUCAGUCAGCCUCUCUCAACCCUCCCAUUCGAAAGCCCUCUCCAGCCCAGGAUGGGUGGUCCUCUGAAUCCAGCGACUCUGAAGGCUCCUGGGAGGCCCUCUACCGGGUGGUGCUGCUUGGAGACCCUGGCGUUGGGAAGACCAGUCUGGCCAGCCUCUUUGCAGGGAAGCAAGAGCGGGACCUUCAUGAACAGCUGGGAGAUGUGUACGAGAGAACACUAUCGGUAGAUGGAGAGGACACCACACUGGUUGUCAUGGACACCUGGGAGGCUGAGAAACUGGAUGAAAGCUGGAGCCAGGAGUCGUGCCUGCAGGAGGGCAGUGCCUACAUCAUCGUGUACUCCAUCGCAGAUCGCAGCAGCUUCGAGAGCGCUUCAGAGCUCCGGAUCCAGCUGAGGCGCACACAUCGGGCUGACCACGUGCCCAUCAUCCUGGUGGGCAACAAGGCAGACCUGGCCCGCUGCCGGGAAGUCUCCGUAGAAGAGGGCCGUGCCUGUGCAGUGGUAUUCGACUGCAAGUUCAUCGAGACUUCAGCUACUCUGCAGCACAAUGUGAUGGAGCUUUUUGAGGGCGUGGUGCGCCAACUGCGCCUGCGCCGCCGAGACAGCAUGGCCUCGGAGGAGGCACCAUCACCACGACGACGAGCCAGCCUGGGCCAGCGCGCCCGCCGCUUCCUGGCACGCCUGACAGCACGCAGCACACAACGCCGGGCACUCAAGGCCCGCUCCAAAUCCUGCCACAACCUGGCUGUGCUCUGAGGCCAGCACCUCUCUGGGGUGAUGAGACAUUUGUGAUGCCACUGAGGGCUAGAGGUGUGUCGCCUGGAGUCUGAGUAGUGGACCUUGCCAGUUGUCAGGAUGGCCAGAGUAUGUCACCAGGAACCAGGGCUUUGAGGACCCUUCCUCCCUGGGGAAGUGAUGGGUGCACUAUGGGGCUAUAAACCCAAGCUGGGCACAAGUACGGUUUUAUUUUGUUUUGUUUUUUACAGGGUGGGUGUCUUUUUGUAAAACUCUUUCUUGUACCUGGGCUGUGACCAAUCCUCAGAAGGUACCAUAGUAAGCCUGCCCAGGAUGUCCUGUCUGAUGCAUGGACCUCUUCCCUGGGCCCUUCUAGGCAUCUCCACCUCCUCUCUAAACAUCUAACUUGACUGUAGACUGGUUUGGCCUGCUGGCCUUGACGUCUUGGACAAUCAAUAAAGUCAGUGAAUUAAUUAUA